GUGAUUUAAGCAGCCCGGUUGAUUUUUUAACAAAAAAAAGUAUCUCAUAUUUUUUUUUUCUCCUUCUUCAUCUUGUUAUAAUUCUAUAAUCUAUUCAUGUUUUGGCGAUUUGGCUUUAAUAAUUCAGCUUUAGAGGGGCUUUUAGAUAAAGCAGAUGUGACAUUAGAAGAAGUUUUGGAGGAAGAAGAUAUAAUUCAGGAAGCGAAAUCUUUGAAUCCUAAACUUAUUGAAUUUUUAAGUAAACCGGACAAAGUCAAAGCACUACUCAAUUACAUUACUGCUACAGACUUGGAAGAACCACAGCGAUUCAAAUAUCCUUUUCUUGCAAGUGAAUUGAUUGCUUGUGAAAUACAACAAAUAAUCGAUCUCAUUGUCAUUGAGCAAAAGGAUGAACUACUCGCACCAUUUUGGUCAUAUCUCGAUCGGCCUGCUCAACCAAGAAGACGUGCCUCAGAUACAGCAGUUCAGCCAGAGGGUGGAUUGGACUCCUUACAAGCCUCUUAUUUCUGUAAAACGAUUGGUGUAUUAUUAUCAAAAUACCCCGUUGAAAUGAUGAGCUUUAUACAGUCCAAUCCAGAAAAUUUGAAUAAAAUAUUGGCUCAUUUACAAACCUCAGCCAUUAUGGACCUAUUGUUGACUCUUGUUCGUAUGGAAGAAUUACGUGAAGGAAAAGGAAUCGUGAAGUGGUUGAGCGAGCAUGGAUUGCUAGAAAACUUAAUAGAUAGACUAGACCCUUACUUAGAUAGCGAAGAACAUUCAAUUGCACAGCAAUGCAUAUGCGAAAUCAUUCGAAUGUCACAAACAAGUUUACCUGAAUCACCAAGUAUUGGAUUGAAUGACUUGAUUAUCAACUUGAAGAGUGAAGCAACAAUGAGAAAAUUAGCAAAAUAUAUGCUGGAUCCUGAAGCGCCUAAUGCGACAUCAACGCUUGUGAAUGGGGUAUCUAUCAUCAUUGAUAUCAUUCGCCAUAACAACGCAGAUCUUGAAAAUGACCCUGCAGUCACCGGUCUGUAUGGAUACUCAUCUAACCCAGCCUUACGCCCCGCUCCAGUGUCAUUAGCAGAUAUGUUGAAGGUGAUGAGUGACCAUGUACCUGAAUUUACACAUCUAUUACUGAAGCCUCGAUCUGUGGAUGGACCUAUCCGCACAACCUUGGGAGAAAUUGAACCAUUAGGAUUUGAGCGAUUGAAGAUAUGCGAGUUAUUUGCUGAGUUGUUACACUGUUCUAACAUGUCCAACUUGAACAACUUCAAUGUCCCUGCUGAUAACCAGGAAGGUCAACCAAAAGAACAAGACUCCAACAAGAUGGUCAAGCUGGAAGGAGGCGAAGAAAUGUCCGUUGGAGAUUAUCUCAAAUCAAAAUUUGUUAGCAGUAAAGCGAUGCCUAUUUGUGUCGAUCUUUUCUUUGCUUUCCCUUGGAACAACUUCUUACACUAUGUCAUUUACGAUAUGCUUCAUCAAAUAUUUAAUGGGCGUAUGGAUGUUGGAUUGAAUCGUCAACUUGCCAUUUCUCUUCUUAAGGACGGCCAAUUGACUGACAAGAUUGUGAUUGCUCAAAAGGCCAACGACGAAGAAUGUGCAAAGCCAAAGGGAAUGAGAGCAGGAUACAUGGGCCAUUUGACAUUUAUAUCAGACGAAAUCAUGAAGUUAUUUGAAGGCUAUCCCGAGACAAUUGUGUUUGCCAUAAAGGACGAUGUAGACAUGGAAAGUUGGACAGCCUACUGCAGCAAUGAACUAAAAGAAACAAAAGACCGUGAUCAGUUACCGCUGGGUGGAUUGCGUCCAACAGAAGAAAUGGAUAUACCUCAAUCUGACGAAGAGGACAAUGAAGAUACGUUAGAUGGAGUAGCUGCUUCUCAAUAUUCAAGAUUCCUGGCACAACGUGGUUCUGAAGGUAAUUUUGAUGAAGAUGAAGAGGAUGAACACGAUCAAUGGAUAACUGGCAGAGAUGACUUUAACGGAGAGUAUCAAUACAGUCGGAAUUCAAUCCGGUUAAAUACUGAAGAAGAAGACGAUGAUGAUGAGGAAGGAGGAGACGAAGAAGAUAAUGAAGAGUACGAUAGCAAUGAUGAGGAGGAUCAUAUUACACAUGAUUGGACAAGGAAUUAUUCAAAACUUUCACAGCCAAACGUACUUCGCCGUAUUCCUAGCCACACAGUGAACGAUAGAGAAGAAUAUGAUGAAGAUUUUGACCAUUUGGCAGAUGCGGAGGAACUAGAAAGAAGAGCAGCAUUUAGAAGAGAUAAGAGAAAUGAGGAAGAGGAAGAUGAUUUUGGCGACUUUGAAAGUGCCAAUAAUGAACAAUCCUUUGAAACAAUAACAAACCAUAUGGAGACAUUAGAUAUGAACAAGACUAAAAAUGACGAACAUUUAGUUAGAGCAGUCAAGACAAAAGAAGAAGAAGAAGAACAGCAUUUGAAACAAAAGCAACAAGAUCUUCAUUUUGUUGCUGAUGAGCAAGAAGGAGAAAUUUAAAAUUGUAUGUUUUGUAUAAAAUGAACUUUUUGUAUGAAUCUAUUUCGUUCGUAAUAUUUACUCUUUUUUUCAUUUCCAUCUCUUUUUCUUUAGUUAAAUUGCCCCCC